GUGGAGAGAUGCGGGCGCAGUCGGGAUGGGAGAGGACGCGUUGAGGAGGGAGUCCGCUCUCCAACUAUGGACAUUCUGCUGCGGAGCAUCCUGCACGCUUUUGGAAUAAGGUCCUAAAAGACAGAUAGUGCGUUCUCUGUCUUUCUCUCUCUUUUCUUCCUCUUUUUUUGUCCAAAGGAGAGCCUUGCGUGCAGGAGGUGGACGAUCGCAGGUGAGGAGAAAAGAACAAUACCGUUAGCAGUAGAUUUCUGUAGUGAAAUAUGCACUGAGGUCUUAAUGGGAUAUUUCUAUAGAUUAUUUCCGCAAAUUCUAUUUUAAAAAAAAGAAUUAUAUCUUGACUAAAACAAAGACUCAAAAUGGAUUUUUUGAAUAGCUCUACCCUGGAGGAUGGGAUAAAUGCAGAUAAAAUCUCUUCUAAUUUCACCUCCCAGAGCAAGUACACCCAGCUUGCCAUCUGGGGUCUGGCCGGACUUGUCAGCUUUCUGAUUUUGUUUACAAUAGUCGGGAACGUCUUGGUUGUUAUCGCCGUUUUAACGAGCAGAGCUCUGAAACCACCCCAGAAUCUUUUUCUUGUCUCCCUGGCCAGUGCAGACAUACUGGUGGCCACCCUGGUCAUGCCCUUUUCACUGGCAAAUGAACUCAUGGGCUACUGGUUUUUUGGAAAGAUUUGGUGUGACAUCUACCUGGCUCUGGACGUUUUAUUCUGCACCUCUUCUAUUGUUCACCUCUGUGCUAUUAGUCUGGACAGGUACUGGUCAGUGACACAGGCAGUAGAGUAUAACUUAAAGAGAACGCCUAAAAGAGUUAAAGGGAUGAUUGUGGUGGUGUGGCUGAUCUCAGCCGUCAUCUCCUUCCCACCGCUGAUAACAAUGGACAGGAGCAGCAAUGAGGACAGUCCUCAGUGUAUCCUGAAUGAUGAGACCUGGUACAUCCUCUACUCCAGCAUUGGCUCAUUCUUUGCCCCCUGUGUCAUCAUGAUCUUGGUCUAUAUUCGCAUCUACCAAGUGGCAAAGACCAGGACCAGGACAAUGUCAGAGAAGAAGAGGGAUGUGGACUCGCCCCUGGAGAAUGGGAUGGACCAAGCCGAACCAGGCAGAGGAGGGUCAUUGAAGUCCAGCAGGGACGGGAGCAUGAAAGACCAGGAACGUGGGAACGGACACUGCCAGGAGCAGGCAGUUCGAUGCCCUCUACCAAACGAGCCCAAACAUCCACCGACCGACCACGAGGACGACUUUGAAGACAGCAGCUCGUCAGACGAGAAACCUAAGAAAAGUUCCAUUUCCUCCAAACAUCACCGCGACGACAGAAAAGACAGGAAGUCCAGCCGGAAAAGCAGCUCCGCCUCGAAAUACUCCAGCAGGAAGUCGCGUGCCAGUUCCAAGUCUAUGGAGCUGUUCUCAUCUCGCCGCAAACGGCGGAGCACCGUCAAUAGGAACAAAGUCUCCGCCGCUCGGGAGAAGCGAUUCACCUUCGUCCUCGCCGUUGUCAUGGGGGUCUUCGUUUUGUGCUGGUUCCCAUUCUUCUUCUCAUACAGCCUGUAUGGGAUCUGCCGGGAGCCGUGUCAGAUCCCUGAUACGCUGUUCAAAUUCUUUUUCUGGAUCGGUUACUGUAACAGCUCACUAAACCCAGUCAUCUACACCAUCUUUAACCAGGAUUUCCGCAGAGCCUUCCAGAAGAUCCUUUUAAAGUCAUGGAAACGCUCUUUCUGAAUGCUACCUGCAUGGAUGGGGUUGUACAUUUUUAACUGCUCUAAGCUGUAAAAUGAAAUGCCGGCCUGGGAGGCUUUCACACCUUUACGUUCAGGGAUUGCACUACAAAUGAAGGGUUGCAGAAAAAAAGGGGUUUAAAGUGCAAGUUUUUAUUCAAAGAGGAGGCAAUUCAGGCAGCUGUUGGACUCUGAUUUGGGCUAUGGCUUAUUUCCCCCUCCUCAUUGACUUUCACUGAAAUACAAUAAACUGACUGAGAGCCGUUACUGUGAUGCAUGCACGCCACAGCGGCUGCACAUGGAAAAACUGCAGAGGAAGGGAAGGGUUUUCAGAGACACUUGAUUUCAAAUGUGACCUCAUUCACUGAACAUAAUUACGAAAGGCCUUUACAAUCGGCACACAACCGUUGCUUGUGACAUUAGCAGAAUCUAUCCUCUCUCUCUGUCUCUUACUCCGUUUUUCUCUACCUUUCUAUUACGUCACAGUCUCAAUAUGAGGACCAAUGGGACGAAGGGGCUCCUUGCUUACUGUUUCAGUAGCAAAACAGUUUCACUUAAAACAAAAAAAAGACUCAUCCUACAAAAACUAUGAAGUCAUAUUUCUGCAUCAGUGUCCUGUGUGGGGCUCAAAAGUGUCUGAACUGGGCACUACAGUGGGAACUUUAUAUCAGGACCUGUGUUUUGUGUGAACUUGUACAUGUGGCUUGGACUCAGUCUGGAUACAGUAGCAUGUACAGUACCCCAUGGACCCCUCUGAGAAGUAGAGAGGUACUGCUGAGGCACAUGGCCACCCACUGAAUCAUUCACUGUGUGUGUGUGUGUGUGUGUGUGUGUGUGUGUGUGUGUGUGUGUGUGUGUGUGUGUGUGUGUGUGUGUGCAUGGAAGAGAAUGAAUGUACAACAGUAAAAUGAUGUGGCAAGAAAGUGAGCUGGAGAGCUUAUUGCAUCUCAUCCCGUUUGCCAGUAAGUGAGUGAUUGUCUGCUGUGAUUAUGAGUCUGUCUGCCUGCCUGCAAGCCUGUAUUCUCUAAGGUCUUAUUCUUACUGGUCUAGUGUCUUUCUAUUCUCCACCAUUUCUGUCACACGUCUUUUCUCCCACUUACAGCCACAAAAAGCACUUAGCCACAGUAAAGAGCAAAAACCACCCUGCUCACACACAUAUGAAACACGCAAAGACAUAAAAUGGCUUAUACCAUCUGUAUUUAAUCUUUAAAUUUCAAAUAUUUAUAGCCAGAAGGGCUAAUGCUUUUUACAUUUGUAAAUUGUUGAAGAUAGUAGAGUAUUAUUGUGUGGUGCCUCAUAAUCACACAUGUAUCAAUAUGCUAAAAAAUUAUUGUUUGUAUAAUGAACAACGCUUUGACAGAUUUUCAUGUUACACCAACCUCUGUUUUCUAAAAGAGCCAGUGUUUACUUCCUUCUGCUUUGAGCAGAUUUAAGAGAUCAAAUAAAGAGAUUACUUCAACUGUCA